UUUUCUGGGUGACUUGAGUGGGAGAGAAAGGACAAGGAGGGUUAAUGCAGAUAUCUGCUGGAGAAAAGCACACUAUAAAGAGACAGCAUCUAAGUGCUGCAGCUCACGUUGUGUUGAGAACAGUCCCUUUUUUAAAAUAUGAUACAUCUGGGAAGUUUGAGUUGAAAAAUUCCCACAAUUUGGGUAACCCCUUGUCAUUGAUGGUGAUGGUGGGUCCCGUAGCCAAAUCAGUUGAGAACCACUGCAAUAGACAACUGUUUGAUGUGUCUUCUUUGGCGCAACAUCUGUGUUUAAACAUGUACCAUCCCCUCUUCUAACGUAUGUAGCUUGGGUAAUUACAAAUCUGAAUGAUGACAGACUUGUUGAAUAACCAAUGAAAUUGUGAGAAUGCCGAUAUGCUGGUUGAUCGGUGGGCUUUUACGAAAACAAGGAACACCUACGUAACAGAGCAACAUGGACUGUGCGUCAAUGGUGCGUCAACGCUGUGCCUUUUUUGAAGUCUUUUUUUAUUUUACAAUUGAGUGUGACAAAAUAUACUUCGUGGACAAUAUACAGUGUGCAGAAAGCCUUGGAGCUUUGUUUGCGUGGAGUUAGUGAAGACUCUGACUCUUGGAACGCGUACCUCUGACAUUAGUUGUGGAGCCGAACAAUGGUGCAGCUUCCAUCAUCUCCAAAGAUGGGUGUCACUCAUCUCGCUGAGCAGUCGGAGAGGAAGGAAAGACUGGAAGACACUGAGAUUGUUGGAAGCCCAAAGGGAGACUUUCCUGCUAGCCUCUGCCCCUUGGAGAGCUUUGAAUUUCCCACAGCCUAUCAUGGGUAUGAAACCUACAUAGAAGAUGGCCUUAUCUGCCUCAAACACAAGGUUCGCAACUUGGAGAAAAAGAAGCUGAAACUCGAGGACUAUAAGAAGAGGCUUGACUGCGGUGAGACUCUAAAUAAAGACCAAAUGGCUGCUGUUGAUAAAUAUGAGCGGGUGGUGCACAAUCUGGAGUUUGCUCAGGAGCUACACAAUACCCUGGAAAGCUUGACACAAACUCUGCUGAGGUCGCAGAAGAGAGCAGUAAAGCGUGAGCAAGUGGUGAGGAUGGAGGCAGAGAGGAGGCAGUUAAACAUGGUGCUUCAGAUCCAACACCUCCUUACCAGCCUACAGCAGGAUCAUGUAAAGAAAGAUCUGCUUCAUGGACUCAACCAAGCACCCUACCUUCCAGCCCAGAAACUGCACAACCUGAGCCAGCUUGCCAACUUGCUUGAAAUGAGGCAGGAUAACAGAUUAAGUUUAGCGCAGAGGAUGGAGCAGACAUCUCUGAUCUACAUGGACCUUCUGGAGGGAAAAGACAAACCUGUGGCUGGAUCGACAUUUAAACUGCUCAAAGAGGAACUCACCAGACUGUUGAACUGCAAAUACUUCACUUGUCUUCCUUGCAAAAAGACUCCAGACAUAUCAAAGAUGACAACCUCUGAAGUUUCUGAGGAGACUCUAGCUGCUCGGAACUGGAACGGCGGGGUCCAGGUCAUGAGCGUAGAGGAACCUCCUGACUGCUGGGAUUCGGAUGGAGGCACUUCGCCACAAGAUACCGUCCACAAGCCAUGGAAAGGAGCAGCCACUUUGAUCCCCAAAGUCCCGGUUACUGACAAAAGCAAAUCUGCUGGCAGCAGAAAGGAAAAAGAGAGGAAAACUAAAAGAAGGCAAAAUAUCAAGACUGAUGUUCACAUGGACUUACCUGGGCUAAAAUUCAGCUCCCUGUCAACCUUAUCCAAAGACCCUAUCCUGAGGAAACAGCACUUGGAAAACCUAAUGACGAAUAUUUGUGGCUCUUUCAGUUUUAUGCAGAAUUCUCUCCUAGAUUGUGAGUCAUUUCCAGAUGAUGGACACUCUAGAUUGCAAAGGGAGCCAUCUGAAUCGUCCUCUCCUUUGGCUCGGACAAAUUCAAGAAGCUCAAGUGAUGCCCUUCCAAAGGAAAUGCAUUCCACGCCAAUCUCCACCAGGCUUCUCAACCGAAAAACCAGUCUGACAAAUGGGGAUCAAUACCUAAAAAGCUAUGGACUGGAGCUUUCCUCCGAGACACUGGUGACCGAAUCAGGGAAAGAUUCUCCCUGUAAAAGGAUGGAGCAGAGCAUCUCCGUUCCUGCUCUGAAGCAUACGUUUUCCACACCGCCCGUCAGGCAAACCAUCACCUCUGAGCAUUUUCAGGAUAUUCGGUCGGCCUUAGGUAGGGGUGCCGAGGUAGAGCCCAGGUACACCACGUCUAGCACUCAAACACCACCUGAGUUUGCUCCCUCAGAAGAACAAUCACAGCCACAGGAAUCCAAUUUUUGUCUGGCAAGGGGAACUUUCCAGGCUCAUCUCAAGAACUCUGGCCCUCUCUUCUCUGCUUCAAGAAACUCUGGAUCCCAGCAUGUAUAUGGAUGUGGAGGACAGCAUAAUUCCAGUGCAGCCUGGAGUGAGUCCUCAAAGGUUAGCAGCCCAGAGCGUGAGGGAGAAUUCACAAUUGUGGAUUCAGGACAUGGUGAUUCCCUCCCUGUCUCCAUCUUAGAAUUUCCACAUAGUCCUCGUGGCCACCAUCACACUACUCUACUCCCCAUGCAACUCUAUCCCGUCUCCCAGCCGCUGCGAGUGGCAUUCACCGCCUCUCGCACCGCCAAUUUCUCCCCAGGCAACCUGGACCAGCCCAUUGUUUUUGAUCAGCUGCAUAGCAACCUAGGGGAGAUGUAUGACAGCCACAUUGGUCGUUUCACCUGUCCUGUUAAUGGUACUUACAUGUUCAUAUUCCAUAUCCUUAAGCUCGCAAUUAAUGUGCCACUUUAUAUCAACCUCAUGUGCAAUGAAGAGGUGAUUGUAUCAGCGUAUGCCAAUGAUGGCUCGCCGGAUCAUGAGACAGCCAGCAACCAUGCCAUCCUGCCUCUCUUCCAGGGAGAUCAGGUUUGGCUGAGGUUGCAUCGUGGCGCUAUUUAUGGAAGCACCUGGAAGUACAGUACCUUUUCUGGCUUUUUACUUUACCACGAUUGAACUCCUGUCUGGUUUCUGGGCUUUGUACCAAAGUGGAGCAACUGGAUUACAUUUAUCUGUAGAGUAUUUGUUAAAGGUCACCAAUCAAACUUGUCGAGUGCUCUUUAAAGCUCAGGAAGGAAGGACUGUUUUUGGUGGUGGGAAUGGUGUUUAACACAAGGCCAGUAUGUUGAAUUAAAAAAAACAAAACAAAACAAAACAAAAAAACAUCUAAUGUCCAACUGGUCCCUUUUGUGUGCCUCAAUAAAAUA